GUAACUGCAAAAAAUCGCCUAAUUGGCUGACGAUGAUCUCGUCAAAGCCGAGGCACCGGAAAUUUUGCCUUCAAUAACCCUUGCUCUUGGCAACAUUGAUUCCAACAAUGCCGACAUCAUUUGCGACAAUGAUGAUGUUAGCAACGACGGCGACGGCGGCGGAGGAAAUGAAACAUAAGCAAAAUAAGUUGUACAAUAUUGGUAUAAUACAUACAAUUAUACAAAGUUGCAUCCCCGAAUUCUCAAUUAUCCUUUUCAAUCCAUCUUUUAUCCUUAUUCAAAAUUCAAUGAACAACAAAGAUAAAAGAUACUCGGAGUUGAUAGAAUCAAGUUUUGGAACAAUCCAAGAAAAUAAGACAAGAGGUACACUGCGCGAUUCAAAAGCAAAAGCACAAAGAAAAUCGUUCCAAAUUUGGACGAAUUGCACGGCCCGUCCGCAUUGCUGCGGCACUGAAUUUAUACGCUACGGCAGGAUAUUUGCCAAUUCCGUCCUCGCCAGCAGGAAACGCACCGGUUCAGCAAGCACCGGUUCAGCAAGCGCCGGCAGGAUAUGCACCGAUAUUUUCCGCGCAGGAUACAUAUCGGCUCCAUUCGGAUCGGCGGGAUACGUACCGGCUCCGUCCGGACCAGCAGGAUACGUACUUGCUCCAUCUGGCGGACUGGCAGGAUACAUGCUGUUUUACAAAUAA